UGGCCUGGCACCAGCCAGUGCACACAGCUUACUAGUCGGGCUGCUCCUGAUGCAGCUGCAGCUUCCUGGGUGCUGCUCAGCUCCCUCAUCCUCCAGCACCAGCUGUUCCUCCUGGUCCUGCUGCAUGAGCUGAAAGGAAGCUUCAGUUGGGCAGCUCCUGCCCCAGUGCAUGGAGCUCCAUCUCCCAGCUCUUGGCUGCCUUCCCUCUGUCUGUCUGCCCAUGCCAGGUGCACAUGCCCCCUGCUUCCUUCCUUCCCCAUGCCCCUCACAUCCUCCCCACAAGGCAGUGGCCACCCUGCACUCCCACCCCGUAAUCUCGGCCUCACCUGCCCAUGGGCCCAUCUCACAGGGAGUUUUGGUGAGUUGUUGCAGGGGCUGGGGAAGGUGAGUUGAGUUGUCACAGGCCAGGUCAGCACAUCAGAACUCCCUAUGUGGUCCCAGGCCCAAACAGCUGGCCCACCCACUGGGCUAAUCUCUUGUAAGGGUAGUAGCAAGACAUUUUUACUGCAAAUAUUUAAGUUCUGGUAAGUAAUUAAGUGUUUUUUUUUCAAUACUGCAACCCUCAUCAAGAUACUAUAAAUUAUGUGCAGCAGCUCAUAUUUGCCCUGAGCCAGUUCAUUUGCUGUUUCAGGCACAUGCUGCAGUGUUCAGCCAGUAGUUACUGUGGUUGUAAGAGGGUUAACACUGGACUCUGCCCCUGCUCUUUACAGUCCUAGGGAAAACUGGCUGCUAUCUUUGCAACUGUGAGUCACUGUCUGCUUGCCUCUGUCCCCUGCUUCUACUUCACUGAAAAAAAUCAGCUUCCCUGCUUAAGAUAUGCACCCUCAGUUUUGGAGGACUGAUUUUGGGGGGUUGGGGGAAUGCACGUGGUAUGCAAGCAAAUAUGGUAGUUGUACUAUAUGAAAUAAACCAUGAUUCCAGAUUCAUGCUCCUCAACAAAUAGAAUUCAUGGGAUAAUUUUACUGAUUAGAAACCAUAAUUCAGGAAAAAUGGGCUGGCAAGAGGAUAUGCAAAUAGUCAAGGGAUCAAAGACAAGGAAAAAUCUCCCAAAUUUUCACUGAGGAAAUAGAUGCAGGUGUUGUGCUUGGCUCAGUAUGUAGAGGUGGAGGGUAGAAAACACUGUAUCGUGUUUCAUUUUGUUUUUUUUCCCUUAGUCUGCUUCAUCUGAUUCUUUGAGGUGGGAGGUCCAAUUAUAUCCUUUGUUGUAUAUGUAAGCAUCCCUUCAAAAUUAGUUUGCUGCAGGUGUCUGAGAUGGACAAGCUCCAAGUUGCAGCCCAGGUGUUGGAGGUGGACGAGUUUUGAGUGUGAAAUGAGCAAUGCAUCCAGAGUUCUUGAACUUCACAGAACACCUUUCCUACCUUGCCUUUCCUUGUAUCAAAGUGACCUACAUUUUGGUGGAGGAACACCAGGCUUUACUCUCUCCCAGUCUUCUGUUCCCAUGGUGACAAGACUGGUAGUUGAAUGGGGAGAUGAUGUUAAAGCAAUUUCAGAAGAUGAAGCCGUGGUGCUGGUGAACCAUCAAGCAACAGGAGAUGUUUGCACUCUAAUGAUGUGCCUUCAGGAUAAAGGCAUGGUUGUCCGUCAGAUGAUGUGGCUAAUGGAUCAUAUAUUUAAGUAUACAAAUUUUGGCAUUGUAUCUCUAAUCCAUGGAGACUUCUUUAUAAGACAGGGAAAAGCUCACCGUGACCAGCAGCUUGUGCUCCUCGAAGAACAUCUAGAAAAAUAUUAUAGAAGCCGUAGUCGGAAAUGGAUUGUACUGUUUCCAGAAGGUGGCUUCCUUAGGAAAAGGAGGGAAACAAGCCAGGCAUUUGCCAAGAAAAACAAUUUGCCAUUUCUUCAGCAUGUCACCCUGCCAAGACUGGGGGCAACACAAGUUAUUUUGAAAUCACUUUUGGGUCAGCAACAAAAUGGAACCCCAGCAGGUGGAGAUUCUAUGAAAGCAGAGAACAAAUCAAAAGGCCUUCAGUGGAUGAUAGAUAUAACCAUUGCGUAUCCCAGAGCUGAACCCAUAGACAUCCAGACUUGGAUUCUUGGCUACAGGCAACCAACAAUUACACAUGUACAUUACAGGAUUUUUCCAAUUAAAGAUGUACCUGCAGAGCCUGAAGCCCUCACCCAUUGGCUAUAUCAACGAUUCAUUGAAAAGGAGGAUCUCUUGUCACAUUUUUACAAAACAGGAGCAUUUCCUCCCCUACAGGGUCAAACAGCUGUUUCCCGGGAGAUGACCCUCAACAACUUGUGGUUGGUUGGCAUUCAGUCCCUUGCAUUUUUGUCAGGUGGUAUGUGGUACUGCAUCCUUCGGUAUUUUUAUCAUUGCCUAUUUUAGAAGUUGAAUGGGACCUGAGGACACUGAGAAUCCAGGCUCUGGCAAAUGAGCUUCACGUGACGUGCAAAUGUGAAUAUUCAAGAGUCAAGGAAAAUACUGGAUGGCUUUUUACCCCUCUCAACAGACACUCUAAACUCCACUAAAGUGAGAGUCAGUAAUAUAGUGACCUGAUGAUGUAUUUUAAGAACUCUGUAUUUUUAAAGAGGGGGAACAUCCCUAGACACACUUAAGCAAAUUUGGCAUUUGGACAAGAGGUGCAGUCAUACAACCACAUAGAGGAAUGUCUGCAACAAGAAGCUCUGUCACCACAGGUAUUACUUGACAUUGUAGUUAAAACGCAGAAAAUUCAGCAACUCUCUCUCUCUCCCGUAGUCUGUACGACAAAGUGUGUGGUAGAGAAUCCCUCAUUGGCACAAAAGUUUAUCACAGUUGAGCUGGAAUCACAUGUAGUCUGCAGAGCUAGUUAUGAUAACUUAACUGCUCUCCUAUCAGCCAUUGUUGUAUUAGACACACUCUUCCUGCAAGCAUGCAAGAGAGGUUUGUGGUGGAGAAAACAGUGCUCAGAAAAGCAGUAUGUAAUAUGUUUAAAAAUAAUUCACCAUUGACAAAUCAGCCCAUCCCUGCCCUGGGUUAUCCAUCAGACAUGUGAUUUCUGUACGCUAGUUGUAUCCCUUCUUAGUAGGGACGAUGUCAGGUCACUUGAUUUAUUUCCCUUUUGUGUUUAUAAUGUUUCAUACAUUGAGAAGUAUCUUUUCUGCAAAAUGCACUUUUAAAGAUUAAAAUACAGUGAAGGAAAAACAUAUAGCUGGGGUGGGGGGGAGCUUUAUCUGCAACAGACUGGAAUCGUAAAGAGUGCUACCUGUUCCUGAAAGUGUGCUGGUGUCCCUGAGGCUUUUCAGUCUGUCCUCCCUUCCCCACUGUCUUUCCUCUCUGCUCCAAUUUGUUGUAUAUCACGAGCUGGCAAAUGUGACUUUUUGAUAGCUUACGGAGGCCUUUUCCCCCCAUUUGUUGCAACAGUACUAAAUGCAUUUGUGGGACAGUGUAAACAAAUCAAUGCAAGUCAGAUUCAUAUUUUGCUUUGGAAAAAUGGAAGGAAACUAGUUUCUUAAAAAGAGAUCUGAUGGCUUGUGUAAAGCUGUAGGAAGAUAUUCAAUGGACUGUGACAGAAUGUGAUCUCAAUAACUGUACAGAGGGCUAUAUUAAGCCUGCCCCUGUGCUGUAAAGUAUUAGCCUCAGUGGAAGGAGAAUUAAUUAGUCAGAGGCAAACUGGACUCAAACCAAAUUUUCAGAUGUCUGGUUAACAAUGCUGUUGAAAGGCAGUCAGUACUGUAGGUUCUCAUUUCCAGCAGAUUGGCCUCAUUUGAUUACACAGGUAGAAAAGAUCUAUUUCUAGAAUUAAAUUCCUGUUUGAGUAUAGGCCAUGUAGCCAGAAUUUUAUGUAUAACUAUGGUGUAUUGUCUUUGGAUUGUAAUUUUAUUGACCGCAAACUAAGCCAACUGUAGUUGUCCAUGUUGAGUUAGCAGUAUAGUUUCCCCUUUGAUCCCCCUUGUCAUACAAGAACCAGUUUGAGUAGUAUACAAGACAAAAAUAUAAGAUAUCUGAAUAUUUUCCUUUGGGGGGAAAAAGCAUACCAAAAUAUGAAAUAAUGCGAAUUUUCCCUGGUUUAAUGGAAAAGGUAUCCUAAUUAAAUAUGCCAAAAAAGUGGUUUCAUCAUAAGGUAACACAGUGUGGAUAUUAAUAAGAAGAUGGUUAAUAAAAGAACAACUGAAAUACCUCAUUGACUGUUAUGAUACCACUGCAGGUGAAAUGCAGAAGACAGUGUUAUUAUUUCACGUGAUGUUUAAUGUAAGAAACUAUUUCUAAAUCCAUCUUCUUGACAAAAUACAGCUGAAUUCCAUUGUAAAAUUAAAAUUAAUCUUAAUGUGAGGUACGCAAAGGGAGGCCAGUUUGGGCUGUGAACAUGUUCCUUUACCCGUUGAUUCUGCCAAUUGGUGAGGUUUGUUACUUUGGGUGUAGAUUGUUUCCUCUGCUGUAUUGCAGGCAGGCGUUGCAGUCCAGUACCAAUCCCCUGAUACAAGGGUGCAAACAAGCUGUUCUAAACUUGAGUAUACUGGAUUCUGGAAACAAGCUGCAGAAUGUUUUCUAUGCCUUUCUUCCUAACGUGGGAUGAUUGGAACCACUUGGCAUUCCAGUUUAUAUUGUUUCUUAAUUGGGAGGGGAAGGGCUGAUAUAAAAAAAGAGAGGUUUUGUUGCACAACAGAAGCCUGCAUCAGAAUAUUUGCUUUACAAACCCAAUAAACAUGCCAGGGUAUAUGCUUUUCAACUGCACUAUUGUUUCCAAUGGCCUGUAAUAAGUACUGAUGUGCUGCCUAAUGAAAUAACAGCAAUAUGUGAUCAUGUGGUAAAGUGACCCUUUGACUUACUGGUACCUUUGGGUUUGUUUGUUUUUGUUUUUGUCUUUCAAUUUGUUUGUUUUUUAAUUCUGCAAAACCUUUAUAUGAAAGCACUGAUUGUAGUUUCAAUGUGGAGACUAAAUUGCAUUAGAUUGCUUCUCUGCUACUUGCACUGGAAAAUGUGAAGAGUGUGUGUCAUCAAGUCUCCAUAGAGUCGAAUUUAGGUGAUCAUGGAAAGGAACUAGUUUCCAUGUUAGGAACUCGGAUUUUUUUUUGUCAUGAACAUAGUGCUGGUUUAUAAUGGAGAAUAAUAAAGAGUGAUAAAAAUCUUUUUAAUAAGGGAAAAACAUAAAAUACAUGUAGGAGAAAUGAGUUUCAACUCAGUUACCUAUGUGUCAGCUAGUUCAGGUUUAUAGCUGUAGUUAGCAUUUUUGCUACAAGCCACCGGGGGGGGAAGGGGGGUCCUCUGCUUGAAAUUGUAUUCUCUAAGGGGAAAAUUGCAUCCAGUAGAAAAUUAUCUGAAUGAACGUAAUGAUAAAAUUCACCCACCAAGUUCUUGUCUAAUUAAUACAACUUUGAAUUUGGUGACACAAAGGGCAGUAUUGGGAAGGAAUGAAUAAAAACAUGCGGGGUGAAGACAACCAUGGAAAAUGUAAUUACAGAGAUUGGGGACAUGGGAGAGAACUAAGGACUUCUUUAAAGUGCAGAAAUUAACUUGGGUGUAUGCCAGGGUAAUGUAAAACACGUUUCAGUUCUGUUAACUUCUACAAUUGUUCACCAACUGUUCUUUAACCUGUAACAAUAUAACUCUGUUAAGAGUUGCUGCUCUUUUGAUCCCACUAAAUGAUGUAUGCUAGCCCCAUUCACACAUUCUGGAAAUGCUUGGUUUUUGCUUUCUUCCUUUUGUGCCAGUCCUUUCUCUUCCAACUUACCCACUGUUCUACAAUGUAUUUCAGUCGCAACUUGUCCUGCAAGUGAGCUUGUCGUGUUAAUCAUAUUUAAAAAUCAAGACUCUUACCUAUUUUGGUCACUGGAAAAAAAAAUAAAUCUCUUGUUUAGAUAAAUUAUAAAAAAUAAGAUGCAUCUCACUCAGUCUUGAAAUAUGACUACACAUCGUGCUGUUCACCAUUCACUGCUAUUUCACAGAACAGUGUGGACAUAGUUGUAUGUGUGCCUCUCUCUCUCUCUCUUAUUUUGGUCUGUCGUUGUCACAGAAUGCUGUGAACCUUUAUAUCUGUUUGUAGAAGAUGACGAAAAUACCAAACACUGUGUGGCAGAGAUUAAACCGGUCCACUUUACCUUGGCAUAAGUGUUGGGACCAAAGGUACUUAAAUCUGGGAUUUCCAAAUCACAAAACUGAUCUCGGGGAUGGUUUUUGUUUGUUUGUUUUUAACUUGGGCAGACCUUCUUUGUGCUAAUGUAAUACAAUCUUAAUGGAAUAAAAAAAUGUACAAUUGAAGACGCUGUAUUGUUUGGAAAUAAUGGAGCCAUAUAAAAGAAAUUAUACAGUAUUUUGCAAAAUUGCUUUUUUGAGAAUUUUUUAUUUAUUUUUUUUUAAAGCAAUUGGAACAGCAAAAUAAAAAACCACUCUAGUUGCAAGGUCUGCAUACCUUAUGAAUGUUUUGAAUGGCUUUUAUUUUUAUUGUGUAAAACUAGACUACAUGGCUGUGGUACACAAAAAAAAUCUCUAAAAGAAAAAAGUCUAUGCAUUUUACAGUUCAACUCUUUAUCACUGGGUAAUGAAAUGAGUAUAUAUUGAACAGCUGUUGUGUCAACGUGAGUUAAUUUCCCUUAAUGUUAUUACAAACUGAUGUGGAGGGUGAUUGUACACGAAAUUUAGCUUUCUUGAUGCCAUACUGUUUAUUCUAGCCACUGAAUUUUCCCCACUCCCUGCUGCAUUUCCACAUUUUCUUGUAUAUGGUCAGAAUUAAUGCAGAAGCCCAUAGAAACUGUUAGUGAUUUUGCAAAGGUCUGGUCACACUUGGAUUUAUUUUACUGAACUCCUUUCUUCCUUUUUAUUUUUUUAUUUUUUAAACUGGAUCCUUCCAGCAACCAAGACCAAUUUUCAGAAAUGUAGAUAGGCACCAAAAGAGAUUUUUCUCUUCUAAGACUCAUAGGCGAUUUUGUUUUUCUGUUUUAAUGUGAUAAAAUAAAGUUGAUUUUUUUUCAAGA